CCCGCUGCAUCUUCUCUCCUGGGUAGCCCUGUUCAUAUCUACAGAAGUUUAGCAUCAUGUCUGCAACUCUCACCGAAACCGCCACUCAGCCCGUCCCUGUUGUCGUGGCCGACGCCAACCCCGAUGAUGCCGCCAACGAUAAGAACUUCCAGUCCGUGGCGCGGGGAAAUCGCAGCGGCACCCUCAAGCUCCGGGGCAUCCCCACCUUCACUGACCCCGUGGCCAAGCGCCAGUGGAUGAAGGAGCACAUGGCUGCUGCGUUUCGCUACUUUGGCAAGAAGGGAUACGGAGAAGGUAUCUCGGGGCAUAUUUCCAUGCGAGAUCCCAUUCUGAAGGACCACUUCUGGAUGAACCCCUUCGCCAAACACUUCUCCUCCAUCAAGGCAUCGGAUCUCGUUCUGGUCGAUGCUGAAGGGUACGUCACCGAAGGGGGUGCCCAACUGCCUAUCAACGAGGCCGGAUUCAUGAUCCAUUCGGAAAUCCACAAGGCCCGGCCGGAUGUCAUUGCAGCGGCGCAUACGCAUUCCGUUCAUGGAAAGGCCUGGAGUGCGUUUGGCAAGCCGAUUGAGAUGCUCACUCAGGAUGCAUGUAACCUGUAUGGAAAGGUGAGUGUCUACGAGGACCACGGCGGUAUUGCCCUUGCGCAGGAGGAGGGAGAGCAGAUUGCUCGUGCUCUGGGCCAGGAUAAUAUUGCCUGCAUCUUGCAAAACCAUGGUCUCCUUACGGUGGGUCGCACGGUCGACGAGGCGGCCUUUCUCUACUCCAGCCUGGACAAUGCCUGCCAGGUACAGUUGAUGGCUGAGGCUGCGGCUGCAAAUGGUAUCCCGAAGCGGGUUAUCACGGAUGAGGUAGCGCAAUAUACUGCCAAUGUGGCACAGAACCAUCAUAACUUUUAUACCGAGUUCCAGCCCGAGUUUGAGUUGAUUGUCGAGGAGACCAAUGGAAGAGUUCUGCAGUAGAUUUGGUGUCAUUAAAAGUAUAUAGUCUGCAUUAUCACUCCCCUCCGCUUCCACCUUGAGU